GUUCUCGUAGGAAUUCACCAUCUCAGAAAACCCUACCCGCCCAGCCACUCCGCCAACUCAUGCAUACAAUAAUGUCAUUACUGUUAUGCAUAUCUUCAUACUUGACAUAAAAACAGUGCAUAAUAAUGAAUAAUGCAAAUAAGUCGGAAUCACAUGUGCCGGAACGACUGGUUAAAGUUCUGUCUACUUUUCGCUACGGGUUGUCUCUCCGUGUACCCCACCCUCUGGGGAACCUUUGUGUUUGAUGAUGGGGAAGCAGUGGUCAAAAAUGGUGUCGUCUCCCACAAACAUCCAAUCCAAGAUGCAUUCACCAGAGAUUUUUGGGGAGUCAACAUCAGUCACCCCCACUCGCAUAAGUCAUACCGGCCAUUUACAACCUUGACGUACAGAUUUGAUUACGGGAUGUGGGGUCUGAAUCCCUUUGGGUAUCAUUUGGAAAACCUCCUUAUUCAUGGUCUGAACUGCGGCCUGGUUUACUUCUUCUUGAUAAAGUGUUUACAAGUUGGAAUGUCUCCAAUGAAGCGGUCAUCUACUUUUGAAGUACUGGAAAACAUAGCAUUCCGUGCUUCUCUGUUAUUUGCCGUUCAUCCGAUUCACGUUGAACCAGUAGGAGGAGUGGUAGGCAGGGCAGACCUGUUCUCUGCACUAGUUUUUAUGCUAGGAUUCCUAUUUGUUCCGGAAGAAAUGGGAUGGAAGAGUUAUUUAUUGUUGACAAUGUUCUCGGUUCUUGGAUCUCUGUUUAAAGAAACUGCCAUCACCCUGGUUAUUUUUUGCGUAUCUCUACAAUUUAUGGUCAAGGAUAGAUUUGAUUUCUCCAGAAGAAAAUGUUUGCAGUAUACUGCCGCAGUGCUUGGAUCAGGCUUGUUUGUAAUUUGGAGAUUGUGGUUUCAAGGUGGAUCUCCAGUGUUCCAGCCAUUUGACAAUCCACCCGCUUUUGCUUCGUCAUAUUUUACAAAAAUAUGCAGUAUUGUCUACGUAUGGAGUAUGAACGUGUAUAUUUUGCUAAAUCCGAUUUGGUUAUGCUAUGAUUGGUCUGGAGAUUGUAUCAAGCUCAUCGAUUCCUACCGUGAUAUUCGAAUUUUUGCAAUUUUACUAUUUAUUGGCUGCUGCUGUAGAUUGUUAAUGAAAUCAUUGCAAAAUCGCUUUAUUCUAGUUUCCUGUAUAUUAUUUGGAGCUACAUUUCUUCCUUCGUCCAAUUUAAUAUUCACCGUCGGGUUUGUCGUCGGAGAAAGAAAUUUGUAUCUCCCGUCUAUUGGAUUCGCACUUUUAAUAUCUUACGUAAUCUACGCCAAAGGAAGUGGUAAAAUUUUCAUGUUUGUCCUUGUGAUACUCAUGUCUCGCUCUAUUCACCGAUCCCAUCAGUGGAGUGACCAGUCUAAUUUAUUCAUAUCAGGGGCGCAGGUUUGCCCAAACAAUGCAAAAAUCCAUUACAAUCUCGGUACAAUGUACAGUGACAAAGGAGAUGCACAUAGCGCAGAAAAAUCUUAUAAACUGGCAAUCACGUUUCGAUCCGACUAUUAUCAGGCGAUGAACAACUUAGGCAACAUUUUGAGAAGCAAGAAUAAGACGGAAGCUGAAUAUUGGCUAAGCAAAGCUGUUCAUUUAAAGCCCGAUUUUGCUGCUGCAUGGAUGAAUCUCGGAAUUGUAUUGUCCAAGAAGAAUCAAUCUGAUGCUUUAGUAUGUUAUAAAAAUGCUUUAAAGUUCCGAAAAGUUUAUCCAGAUUGUGAAUAUAAUUUAGGAAAUUUGUAUAUGGACAUGAAAAAUAAUGAUGCAGCUUUAGAAUGUUGGGAGAGGGCAACAUUAAUGAAGCCACAACAUGUACAUAGUUGGAUUAAUCGUAUCAUUUUGUUGGAACAAGAAGACAAAUUGCAAGAUGCACAAGCAAUUGCGUUGGCCGCUCUAGAAUCCGUUCCAAAAAGUGACACCCUACACUUUUUGAUGGGGAAUAUUUUGGGAAAACUUUCUGAUUUUGAGACUGCUAGAUUACAUUUUACCAAAGCAAUUGAAAUUUCUACUCAAAAUGGACAAAAGACUCCGGCAAAAUAUUUUUCCAACUUGGGCGUUUUAUAUCAUCGUUGGGGAAAGAAGGAUUUAGCUAUUGAAGCCUACACAGAAGCUUUAAAGCUCUUUCCUGGUUCCUCAUCUGUACGAAACAAUUUACGACUUUUACGUAAAUCAAAUUAAGGAUUGAAGAAACUUACAGCAACGGUACGGUAUGCUGGGGCGACGGCAAUAGUUCGGACAGCUGGGGCGACGGCAACAGUUCGGACAACUGGUGCCUAGGAAUUUGAAUUCACAGUUAAGACAGUGAAAGCAGAAAAUUAUUCGAAGAUUUUACAUACAGCAUAAGCGAUGGGAGCGGCGGCAUAAGUUCGGAUAGCUGGUGCCUGUAAAUUUAAUUGUUGAAUGUCAAUUAAGAAACCAGUCUACGAAUUACUACAUCUGUGAACUGUAUUGCAAGACGUACAGCAGCAUAGGCGAUGGGAGCAGCGGCAUAGGUUCGGAUGGCUGGUGCCUGGAAAUUAAAACUAAUUAAAAUCUAUUAUUAUGAAGUUUGAAAAAAAUCUUCUUACGGCAUAUACUGGAGCAGAGUAGGCAAUUGGAGCAGCAAGAAGUCCAGCAGACGCCACGGAGGCGACGGCGGCCAAUACGACGAAAACAAACUACAAAACAUAUAUUUUUUAAAUUCAGAUAUUUUUAAGAUUUUCGAAAUGUUUGUGAUAAUUGUCUGGACAAAUUAUUAAAUUGAAACACUUACAGAGUUCAUUUUGA